AUCCUCUCUCCGCUUUGGAUUCGAGAUGCUUCUUCUUCUGCGUCCUCUUCCUUCUCUCACCAAUCUCCACACAGUUCCAACCGCAUAUCCCGCUCAAGUGACUCCUUCUGCACUUCGUCGUACAUCGGAUGACCUUUCGACUAUAGAAUGACGACUUGACGGCUCUCUACUUCAAACAUCUGCCCGCCCUCCUCCCUCCGGGACCAUCAAUCAUGGCCGGGCCAAGCGACGACCUCCCUGCCCAUUCUUCUCCCAUGCUAUCCCCUUUGCCCCGACCCUCUGCACAACAUACACCCGGUUGGACUGAAUACAGUGAUGAAUCUCCUGUCACUCCUGGCUUCCCUGAAAAUCUCCUCUCUCCCGCUUUUACCCCACCAGCCACUCCCGGUGCCUCAACUCCCUCUCGCCAUCUUCAUGCCGAACCAAAAUCAACCCCCGUCGAUACUUCCCUCGAUGACCCCGACACCAAACAGCCUCGGCUGGUCGAGAAAAUUCCAAAUGUAGAGUGUCUAGUUCGUGCUCGCAUACCCACUACCUCGGGCACAGAAAUGUUUCUUCAUUUAUAUCAGAACGACAUUGACAACAAGGAACAUUUGGCCAUUGUAUUUGGCAACCACAUUCGGAGUCGCAGUCUUGACUCUGAACGUCCAGGAGAAACCGAGAUGGAUCGCAUGAUUCGUGGCGCUUAUACUGGCAGACUAAGACCUGGCCGCACAAGUUCAAGAAUCGACCCAGACCAGAACAAGAGGCCUUCAGGACUACCUCGGUUAAGAAGUGGUUCUGCGUUGAAGAACAUGACCACUGUGGAAGAGGUGGACGACACGCCCUCUACAGCCGGCCCUGUUCUGCCUGUCAAACCCGCUCAAGAUGAACAGAAUUCAGAACAGGUCAAAGAUGCGGCUGAAGGUGUCGCAACCCUCCUUGACAGCGUCCACAUCAACCACGCUCACUUAAAACCCCCUCUCGUGCGCAUCCAUUCCGAAUGCUAUACUGGAGAGACUGCCUGGUCUGCCCGAUGUGAUUGUGGCGAACAACUCGAUGAAGCUGCACGACUCAUGUCCCUACCCAGUUCCAAUGGGGGUGUCAUUGUAUAUCUCCGACAAGAAGGCAGAGGUAUUGGAUUGGCUUCCAAGUUGAAAGCAUACAACCUUCAGGACCUGGGAAAUGACACUGUGGAGGCAAAUUUACUCCUGAGACAUCCCGCUGAUGCCCGAAGCUAUGGCCUUGCAACUGCCAUUCUACAGGACCUUGGUCUGGGCUCUGACACAGAUGCCGAUAAACCACCUUCGGAGCAGGGUAUUCGUUUACUCACAAACAACCCUGAUAAAGUCAGGGCCGUCGAAGGUCCCAACAAAGAAGUUCGCGUGCGAGAGAGAGUCGCCAUGAUCCCCAUUGCGUGGAGGACGGGCGGAAGCAAGGGUGUGCGAGGCAUUGAAAUUGAGAAGUACCUGGAGACCAAGAUCGGAAGAAUGGGACACAUGAUUCAAGAGGAAUAGUUUUGAGUCCCUCUCUUGAACAACAUGUUACACGGCUGAGAAGCUCGUGGCUCAUGAUAUCAGUCGGAACAAAUCCUUCAUGGUACACGACAGCAGCUUCCGCACUUUUGACCGCCUCCUGGCCAGGGGCCACAGAAUUGUCUUCCCGUCACAAGAGGCCAGAGGGAACGCCCCACCACUGGACGAGCGCUUCAAUUUGGCCCACGGUGAUUCCUAUCAUCCGUGCCCAUCUCUGUUUGUUCGUCAGGAGAUGACUCAACGAGAUCACAAACCUGAAGAUUGCAUCAAGAUUUGAUGUCUGAUAUAUACCACAUGGCUGAAGGGGAUCAUGUCCCUUCCCCUAAUGCCCAGCAUCUAGGAUGUACAUGGAAAGAGCAUGCACAUAAGUCAUAGAGGGCCAUAUAUUGUACAGUUUGGCUAAGAGACUAGCUCGAGGGCGAUGAGAGACGAGAGGUAGAUACCUAGGUACCCAGAAGAGAUGAACAGCUCUUGGGUGGGCGUUCAUGGUCCAUCAAACCCAAGAUGGAAGCUUCUUUCCCAUUAAUCCGGUGACGGCCAUAGCUUCAAUAUGAGAACGUCCAUCACCAGAGCCCAAAAUACAACUUUCUCUUCCUCUGCUGCUGCGGCGCCGGCGGCACUUCACCUUGCCCGUCACCCUCACCCUCUCCAACCUUCUCCACACUUUGAGCCUGAUGUUCCAAAUCACGCUUCUGCUUCAUCUUCUCAGCAAAAGCCUCAACAUCAUCACCCACCUUCCCACCCUUGUUCAAAACAUCCAACCCCGUAACCCUCUCUUCUCUCCCACCCCUCGCCCUCUCUUUAUUCGUCAACCCAUCAUCCCACGGCGCAAUUCCUCUCACAUCAAUCCCCUCCUCUUCCUCGGCAUUCAAAUCCUCCAUUCCAUGUGCCCGACGAUACAAACGCCGUUUCUGUGCAUCGAGAAUCUUCUGUUGACGUGACGCGUUGGUCUUUUCCGUCGUGUAGUCAAUAUGGAGCCGAAUAAUCGACAGAGAUUCGGUAAUGUAGUUGAUGGGAUGAAAUAAGAACUGGGAUAUCGGUGGGAUCAAGUGUCCAUAGGGAGAGGUUUUCAGGAAGGUUUGUGUCAGCGUUAUGGAUGCGAGGAUUACCAAUGUACCCUAAAGAUCAAGACUGGUCAGUGACAACGUUAUUCGGUUCGCCUUGCGAGAAACAUGGGUUUCUUGAUAAGUAGUUCUUGUCACAAUACUCACCAUCGUAAUCCAGAGAUGAAUCGCGCGAUUCGUCAGAAACCAAUGCAUGAACGUCCCUUGAUUUGGAAACGUAUGGGGAUAUGAUCUGGUCUUUUGCUUCUCCUUCUCUUCUCUUGUUGCACCUUGAUUAUAUGCCGCUGGACCAGGUGUGGGUCGUCGUCGACCGAGUCGCGAUGGAUGCGACGGCGGCCGGAAUUGGUCUGGUCGUUCCAAGACAAUAGGUUUUCCUUGGCUGUUGUUGUUUUUGUUGUUGCUGGAAGCGCCUGCAGUCACUCGUGACGAGGUUGAGAAUGCUGGUCUGCCUGCUGCUGGCGCGAAUCCCAGUCGCAUACCCGCCGUUCGUCGGAGGCAGGUCCGGCAUAUCGAUAAUGAGAGGGAGCUUGUCUGAGAUGCCAUCGUUGGGAGGGGAGAGGGUUUGACAAGGUUGAGAAGGGGAAGGUCUGCAAGAUGGAAUAUGACAGGGUAAAACAGGACCCAGCCUGCUUGGGCACUUGGUGUCGGUGAGCUUGAGGUGUGUAAAUCAAUUCCAAAGCUUCAUGUUCAGUUCCUUUUCCAGAACUCGGAAACAUUUCGAGGUGGAAUGAGAUCCGCAUAAUCUUCGGUCUUGGCAAAGCCAUUGAACUUCCGUUUUCUUAUUGGUUGGAACCACCUACACAUACGAAGAACUCCUCAUUACAUGCUUCCACAUCUUUCACAUGGACAUUUUGUACCAGGUUACAUAUACAUCAGACGAUGCUAUAGGAUUCAAUCUGGGCUAAAAUUGCUAG